CGUUCUGUCCGUUCGACCAGAAGAACCAGAGCCAGAACCGGAACCAGACCAGAACCGGAGUGUCGCUGUGGACCGUUUGGAGUGUGCUGAGCUUCUCCAGACACAUCAUGUUGGUUGUGCUGCUCGUUGCUGUGCUGCUGGGUGGACUGAUUAUCUUCCUGGUUCAGAAGAACAGGAACCAGGUUCUGAGGACAGAGGAUGGCUGGUGGGGGGCUGGAGCCCCUCCUGAUGCCCAGGAGGACGUCACCAUCCGACCUUUCAAAGUGACCACCAGUGAGGAGGAGCUGGAGGACCUGCACCGGAGAAUAGACCAGACUCGACCGGUCUCCUCACUGGAGGACAGCCAGUUCCAUUACGGCUUCAACUCCCACUGCCUGCAGACAGUGGUCUCUUACUGGAGAAACGAUUUUGACUGGAGGAGACAGGUGGACAAACUCAACCAGUACCCUCACUUUAAAACCAACAUUGAAGGCAUUGAUGUCCACUACCUUCAUGUGAAGCCCAAGCAGGUGCCUGAGGGGACUAAUGCUGUACCCUUGAUAAUGGUUCAUGGCUGGCCCGGCUCUUUCUACGAGUUCUACGGGAUGAUUCCUCUCCUGACAGAACCAGCAGACCCACAGGACCUUGUGUUUGAGCUGGUGUGUCCUUCUAUACCAGGCUAUGGCUUCUCUGAAGCUCCGCAGAAGAAAGGUUUUGACUCAGUUUGUGCUGCGCGUGUCUUCCACAAGCUGAUGAAGCGUCUGGGCUUCCAGCAGUUCUACGCUCAUGGAGGAGACUGGGGCUGGCUGGUCACCACCAACAUGGCUCAGCUGGAGCCCAGAACCGUUAAAGGCCUACAUCUAAACUUUGCCCCGCCACCCAAAGCUGGGCUGUCCGUGGCUUUAUCCAUCAUGUUUGGUCGUCACUUCCCAAAACUGUUUGGUUUCACUGAAGUGGAUCUUCAGCGUCUUUAUCCCUGCAAAGAGAAACUGGUGGUGGAGUCCAUCAAAGAGACCGGCUACAUGCACAUCCAGGCCACCAAACCAGACACCGUGGGUCGGGGGCUGAACGACUCUCCUGUGGGUCUGGCUGCCUACAUUCUGGAGAAGUUCUCCACCUGGACAAGCCAUGACUUCAGGAACCUGGAGGAUGGAGGACUCACCAGGAAGUUCUCUCUGGAUGACCUGCUGACUAAUGUGAUGAUUUACUGGACGUCUGGUUGCAUCAUCUCCUCCAUGAGGUUCUACAAGGAGAACUUUGCCAAAGGUCUGGACCAUCCCCACAUGCAAAUACCAGUCUACGUGCCCACCGGCAUCGCCAGCUUUCCUAACGAGCUGAUGCACACACCCAAACUGUGGGCCAAACAGAAAUACCACAACCUGGUGACUUUCACUCCCAUGGCUCGUGGAGGCCAUUUCGCUGCGAUGGAGGAGCCCCGUCUGAUGGCAGAGGACAUCCAGAAGUUCAUCAAGAUGGUGGAGAAGAAGAAGCAGUAAAAAAACAAAACAGGUAACACAGGUUGACCAGAGAACACCUGACCAGUGCCUUCAUGGUUGUCUUCAGCCUCUGGUGUUGACACCAGUUCACUAAGCAGCUGCAGAUGGGAGGUCAGGGGUCACCUGGUGUUGUGGUGUUGACAUCAUGGACAAGGUGCCACGCAUUCCUGUGACUGAUAACAUGAAAGCUGUGCACUUGUAGACACAUGCACACUAACAGCUAACUCACAGUGAAGCUCCAGUGUUUUAAUGUUUAAUGAUGAUUUGGGAUGAUUUUAAAAGCUUUUGUUAUGAAAGUUUUAAAGACGGAUAAGAGCAACUCUGUAAGCUGUGAACUGAGCCCAGUGUGUAACAUUUACCUUUGAUUUUUGUUUCAGUGAAACUCUCCCUGACUUAAAACAGUGAGUUUUAAAGUAAACUGUUUAGGUUUUUAUACUAAUGACUGAUGCAUUUCUCACCACAGGAAGUUCAUGGACUUAAAUCAUUUCACUGUUUUUAAACACCUGAAAAUAAUCUGCUUUACUGAUUAACUGAUAUUAUUUAGUUGGAAAUAAAUGAAGAAAGAAAUAUAUUUGGUUAUAAAGAUUGUGAAAUGUUUGAAGUAUGUUAUGGACUUUGAAACAUUUUCAUGACUCGAUCUUAAAGCUAAAAUAAAACUGAAAGAAUGAA